AUGACAGUCAACUGGACUCGCGAGGAAUUUGAGGCGAAGCGACGUCUUGUCCGCUUCGUCCGCACCGUGCAGGGGAGCAAGAUCCAACUUCACUGCGAGGCGAUUACUCAGGAGCGGUAUGACGAGCAAAAGGGCCUCGAUCAAUGGCUCGACAACGAGAUCACCAUCUCCUGUAUUUGGCGCGAGGAUACGAGAUCAUACUGCUUCACGUCUGUCAACGUGAUCGACCUCCUCGAGAUGCUUCUCACCAGGGAUGCCCGAGAAGAGUUUCCGGCAUCUGAAAAGGGUAGCAUCAGACGGAACCUUGAUAACUUGGGGCCGACCACCGUAUCGAAGGAUCGCCAUGGACUCGAGCGGGUGUUCAAGACAAUCAUGAUGUUCCCAGAGCCGAAGCCGUUCACCAUCGAAAAGACAGUCAAGGUAUUCGAUUGGAUGGUCCUCGAGAAGGCGCUGAAGCGUGCGGUAGCUAAAUACGUAUGUUUCUGGACUUGUCCGCGCCCUGAACCGUCGACUCAUGUAGUACCUUGCAGGGCGUCUUCUCCACCACCGGUGACGGGACUGUACUUGCUGAAAGCCCCGUACCGACAGAAAUGCCAAGCCUCGACUUCGGUGAAUCUCCCUACUUUGCGUCGUCGCCUUCAACUGUCGGCAGCGAUGAUUCGCCUUCCCCCUCGCCGUCCUUGGAAACCCCCGUGA